GGGCAUUACCGUCAUUUUGGAAAUGCAUUACUUCUCCUGCAUUUCUCGAGGGUUUAGGGUUUCUGAUUCAUUUCCUUUGCUUAGAAUCUUCUCUGGUUCUUGAUUUUUGUCUUCAUUCAGUAUCAGCAGGAGACUAAGGUUGCUGAUACUGAGGUUCGUACUUAAUUUGAAGAACACCUUCCUCCGUACUCCCUUCUAGUCUAUCCAAGUCCAUAAUCUCUCCUAAGAGUUAGAGAUUCCUAGCUACAUGUCAGGCAAGAAGGAGGCUGGGGAGAUCUACACAGUUGUUGCAAUUAAUGGAAGUACAUCUAGGGUCAGUGAAACUGGACUCGAUCUUUAUCCAGUCUCCAUCAACGACUCCGGCGAAGGUUUACCAUAUGCUCCAGUAGAUUGGCCAAAUGCUGGUGAUAAGUGGUGCUGGAAGGCGGGGAAAAGAGUUUCAGUUUCAGGCUACAUUAAGGAUAGAUAUCUGUAUCUUCCAAAGCGUCUUCGGGCUCUCAAAGAAGGAAAGGGAUAUACUUUCCGAAGUAGGCCUUCGAUUGAACAAUAUCUCCGAUCUGAGUUUCCUAAUGUAGAUAUCAAUGGUUUCUUUGCCUCGUUCAGUUGGAUGAUUCCCGCAAAAGAGUCAGCAAGCUCAAAAGAUAUGAAAGAGAAGCUUACGUCUUUAGAGACGAAAAUGGAGCCUUCACCGUCUGAUUCUCCUCUAGGAAUCAUUACUUGUAAGGCUGGUAACAGAUUCUGUAGCAGUUUAACAGCAGAAAAUCCUUUACCGGAGACAAUGUUUUGUGAUGUCUGUUGCACUGAGCCUGGUUUUUGCCGAGACUGUUGCUGUAUCCUAUGUUGUAAAACUAUCAGUUCGGAUUAUAAUGGGUACAGUUACAUUCGAUGUGAAGCAAGAGUAGUUGAUGGCUACAUUUGCGGACACAUUGCCCAUGUAGACUGUGCUCUACGAGCUUACAUGGCUGGGACAGUCGGAGGAAGCAUCGGUUUGGAUGCAGAGUAUUUCUGUCGAUACUGUGAUUCAAAGACGGAUUUGCUUUUACAUGCUUUGAAGCUUUUAAACAUCUGCGCAUCUGUUGCUUCUUCUACUGAGAUUGAGAAGAUUUUGAAUGUUGGCGUUUGUAUUUUGCGCGGCUCACAAAAAAAGAGUGCAAAACAGUUGUUGCAUCGUAUUGAAUCAAUCAUGGCAAAGCUUAUGGAUGGGGCCUGCAUUGAAGAUGUAUUUAAAAAGGAAAGCUCCGUGGAUAGCACUGAAAAUGAUCAGCUUGGACUGUUGUACAAGAAAAUAGAAUUGGAGAGCCCUGGAAAGAGGAAUUAUUUGGCGUACAACCAGUGCAUCAGUUAAAUUCUCUAUUCAACUGCUCCUAACCAGAGGAAAGAUGAAUUACAUCCUUAAGAAAAAUGCAUCAAUCACAUAAGGAUCUUUUGUGGGGUGCUGUUUUGGUCCAUUGCAGCAAUAACAUCUCCUGGUGUAAAAUGGUUCUGUCUGAAUCUCACAUCCAUGAUCUGCCUCACCAUAUUAGUAUAUGUUAGUUCUCUGCUUGUAGCAAUACCCCUCAGAUUAUUCUGGACUGUAUCAUGUUAGGAGCUGUCUAGAUAUUGCCGCCACUGUGCUUGUGAUUCCUAUUGCUGGGCGUAAGAUGCAAAUGGUGGUCCAUAAUUUUCAUAUCACUUGUUCUGUCUUUAGCAUUUUUCUGGAAUCCUGGUCCAGUGCUCAAUUUGCUAUUUAUUAAUGGAAUCCCCUGUGGUUCAUUCCCUA